AUGCGAGGACGCGGUGUAGGCAGAUCAGGACUCGGAAGAGGCGUCAUUCCUGCGCCCAUGUGGGAAUGGGCCAAAAAGAAGAAUUACAAGAAAGCAAAGGCUUCGACAGACGAAGAUGAGAAUACAGACGACGACGAGGCCGAGCAGGCGAGCAAUCCAGACGACCAAGUCGUUCAGACGGGAAAGACGUCGCGUGCAUCUCAGGAUGCCGACCAACACGCCGACGCGCAGGACGAGGUACCGGCAGAAGACGAAGACGAGCAUGCCGCUUUAGAAGACGACCCAAUGGAAAAUGCCACAAAGGCUAACAGUGAGGAAGAGGCAGAGGAUCAAGAAAAAUCUGAGGGAGAAAAAUCAGACGAAGACGAGGAAGACGAAAAGGCGAUUGAAAAAAUGACCAUUCCCCUCGUCAAAGUCGAACCCCCUCCAUCUGCCGUCCUCCCGUCUGCGCUCCUCCCAGAUGGUCAAGAAGACGAACAUCAGGACGACGACGACGAAAACGCAGAAGAGGAAGGAGAUGGCGAGGACCUCCAAUCUGCUGACAGACAACCGGCCCUCGACGCUCUCGCCAUCCUAGAGCUCAAGUUUGCUCUCCUUCGCCAGCGCAUCUAUCAAGACAAAAUGGACGAGCUCGGAAAGGAGGAGCAGAUGAUCCAAAAUGGAACCCAUCCGGAGAUGCUACAUACCAUUUCCGAACUCGAAAAACGGCGGGAUAAACGCAUAGUCCUUGCGGAAAAGAGGCGAAAAAAGGACAUGGAGUUGGCAGUCGCCGUCACGAAAGACGAAGUCCAAGCGGAAUUGAUCACCGAAACAUCUCGCAAGCGUCGCAGAGUCGAACGGGAGCGAAGAGCACUCUUGGAUCCUUUCCGAAGUACCCUCAACUCGUUUCCCUCUGAGCCACCACGACCCUCGUCACGCGAGCCUGUUCGCCCAAGCAUGAAGACGAUUGUGAGCGUCGCGCUCAAGCAUCCGUAUGCCCGCCUCCCCAACUUGGUCGCCACAACUUCGAAUGGUAUCGACGCGACAAAGGGAUCCAAGUCUGCGACAACCAAUGGCGUCGCCGCUGGCUCCAAUGGGAAGAGUGCCCAACAGGCUAUGCCUUCACUAUCUCAACUUGGCGAAUUUGAUAUCCAAGACGAUCUUGACCUACUACGCUCUUAUAAACGUGGAUUCACCGAGCCCGACGCUGGCCUCCAAGGUCUCCCCCCUGGCGCAUCGUCGGGAGCUCCACUCUCUAACGCUUCCAAUGCUCCUGGAGUAGCCGCAGGUGGUAAUGAGUAUCCACGGUACUCAUUAAACCCAUCGUCCGCUGCUGGCUAUGAUACCGAUCCGAGCCGAGAGCCUCAGUAUGUUGAUCAUAGUGGAGGAUAUCAAGGUUAUCCUGGACACGGAACGCAAAGGCCUCCUGGCAUGAACGGAAGCGGACGCGAGCGUGAAUCGAGGAAGCAUCAUACGCACAACUUUGGACAACUCCCCUCGUCUGCCUACAAUACGCCUACAGGCCCACAGCAUCGCCAACCGGCAGACUCGAAUUCAUAUCCGUCACCUGGGCUAGGGCUCCAGAAUAUGCAGCGACCUCCAGAGAACCUGUCGAGUGGUAUCUCGGCGGGGAUGCCUGUUCUCCCUCCAGCCCCGAGUACGCUUCCAUCCUCUAGUGCUGGGAACAAGCAUCACCACCAUCAUCACCAUCACCAUCACCCGGCACCAGCGUCUAGUACCGUGGGAGGAACUACUUCUCAUCAUUCGCAACAUCCAAGUCUCUCGAUAGAGCCAGUCCGUCGCGAGCGUGACUCAAGUCUUUCAAGGGAAAAGACAUACUCGAGCGCUGCCAAUGCCGUUGGGAUGGGUGUUGUAGCUCCCAACUCGUCUUAUGUUCCGCAAACCAGUGCUGGUGCCGCUGUUGCUGUUGCGGCGGGGCAUAUGCCACCCACGGGUCGUGUCCAUUCGCAUUCUAUAUCACAUUAUCACCACCAGUCGUCGCACGGUCAUGCGCAUUCUCAGAGUGUUGGACAUACGCAUUCGAGUCGACAGAGGGCGGAGGGGCAUAGUCACUCACAUACACAUACAAUGCAAGUCCACCAUCAUUCGCAUUCGCACACGCAUGGAUCCUCUGCACCUGGGGGAGCACCCGCGUCCGGUUCGAGUCACGCGCAUGUGAUCCACAAUCACGGUCAUAGCACCAUGGCGCCACCUCCUCAGACGCCUCCUGCGCAGUACCGCGAAGGAAUCUCCACUGGCGGUGCGUAUAGGGGCGAGUCGAAGAGUCGAGGGAGUACGACGACAUCUUCGAAGCGCAAUCGACAAGAAGAUGCGAAUUGGAAACGAAGUGGUUAUGAGGAGGAUGCGCAGCCGUCAGCUGGACUUCAUCCUUCGCUUUCGCAGUCUGGGUAUCCGUCUGGACAGACAACCUCGGCCUCGGCGCGCAGACGCGACUCGUGGAGUGACAGGGAGGAGACGGAGAGGAUGCGGGAUAGAGAGCGAGCGAGGGAUAGAGAAAAGGACAAGCUCUAUUCGCAGUCGCAGCCCGGAGGGAUGAUGUCAAUCUCAAGUCUCUCCGGAUCGGCGGCGGCUGGACAGUAUCCUACAACCACGCGUGAUUCUCAUGCGUCACGUUAUGCAUAUGGAUCGGGUCCAGGAUAUUCUCCACCCAAUCAUCCUCGUCGCAGUUCGCCGCCGCCUACCCUUCCAGCAGCUCCGUCCACGAUGGGACGCUAUGCGCAUCCAGUGACGGGAACCCGGCAAUCUCCUGCCAACGAAGGAGUCGAUGUACCUGGCUCACAUGCCGAAGCAGCAAGCCAUUCGCCGACGAGCUCACUGAACCCGCCUGGCUUCAACCCAUGGAGUGCUGGACCACGUUCGACGACUUCAACUGUCGCGCCGCGUCCCUAUUCCGCAACAUCGUCUCCAGCGGUCACGGCGGCGAGUUCGACGUUGGGCGGGUCAAAGAUUACGCCACCACUUCCUUCUGCAUCUACGGCGACGUCAACGUCGGCGUCAACGAUCCUCCCACGAAUGGUGUCUACGUCUCCUGUUCUUCCAAGACCUCCGACUGCUCCGCCGCGACCUUCGAUCUCGCCUGCGCCUCGACCACCUUCGUCGUCGUCGAUACACGCGAUACUCCAGCCUCCUAGGAGAGAAAAGGGCUCGAAUAUCAUGAGUCCGCAGCCGUUGGCACCCCUCGUUGGAGUGACGCCCAAGGGUGAAAAGGGUGAAUCGAUGGAUAUAGACCAGCCGCCUUCUGCGCCUUUACCUUUUACGUUGCCUCCGCUUUCCAACGACGGAAACAAGUAG